AUUCGGUAAUUUUUGAAAGGAAAUAUAACUGUCACGUUCAGUAUGCUCACUGUAUUUGUUUAGAUGUAUUUUAUCUUUAUGGGAAGGAAGAAUUUAUUAGUGCGUUGCGUAGGCACUGCGGCUAGGAAGUUCAGGGCGUUACAGGAGAUCUGGAUCCUGCCUUGGUGGGGGAGUAGUAGGUUGGCUUUAGCGCCUCUCUGGGCGUUGGAUACGUUGGUGUUGGUGGUUAAGUUGUGCUCGACCUGUGCUAUGGCGGUGUUUCGGGUGUUGGUGCCGCCGGUCAUGAAGAGUUUGCAUGGAGAAACUAUACUAAUAACAGGAGCAGGCAAUGGCCUAGGCCGAGAGCUAGCGAUGCAAUUCGCUGAACUGGGCGCAACAGUUGUCUGCUGGGACAAGGACGCGAGGCGGAACGACGCAGUGGUCAACGAAAUACGGAGCAAGGAUGGCGAGUGCUUCGGCUACACAGUAGAUGUCACAGUCCGCGAGCAAGUAUUCGCGCUAGCCACGCUAAUGCGACGGCAGCUGACGGAGGUGUCAAUGGUUGUCAGCAACGCUGGAGCGCUGACAGCCUCACCACUCACCUGUCUUCGGCCUGAGGCGGUCGCUAAGAUAAUUGAAGUCAAUUUACUGGCGCAUUUCUGGGUGUUCCAAGCUUUUCUGCCGAGCAUGAUCGAGAAACGGCGCGGCCACAUCGUGGCCAUCAACUCAAGCGCAGGUCUCAUGCCCUAUGCAGAUAUGGCGCCAUACUGCGCAGCCAAAUUUGGUCUUAGAGGUCUAAUGGACUCUAUAUCGGAGGAGCUCCGCCUGGACGCGUGGACGAAGAACAUCCAGACCACAUCCGUGUACGUGGCGACCAUGGCUACCGGAAUGUAUCCGACCCCUACGCACAGAUUCGCAUUUUACUGUCCCGAACUCGCGCCUAAAGACGCGGCUAGAAUGAUCAUUGAAGGCAUACGGAAAAACAAUCGCAUCAUCUGCAUACCAUCCUUCAUGAAGACACUAAUCGACUUCAACAACCUUAUGCCGUACAGGAUAAGGAUCAUUUUCACAGACUUCUUCAACUUUGGUCACCGAGGAUGGUUCUGCUUCUGUUGAGUGAAUUUCAACCUUACGAUUUUGGACUAAAGUUG